AUGGCUACGGACGUCGAUGGGAGGAGGCACUUCGGCCUGGCGCCCCGCUUCCUGCGCAAAGUGUACAUGUUCUUGGAGGAGGAGAGAUACAGGAAUAUCAUCUCCUGGUCCGACGACGGCAAGCACUUCACCGUCCACGACGUGAACAGGUUCACCACGGACGUGAUGCCGGAGCACUUCUCGCACACAAACUUCAGCAGCUUCGUGAGGCAGCUCAACUCCUACGUGAGUCCCGCGCCAAUCCGCCCCGACCCCCGCCCGGAAAGACCGCGGAUUUCUCUUCGCCUCGUCGUCGGUAUCGUGACCGCAUCCCGCAGCCCUACGCCCCCCCGGGGAUUGGCGCAUGACCGGCCCCCGCCCCCCAUCUCCGCCUUCCCGAUGGUCUUCGUCGUCAACCAACGAGCGAGAGGGGCAACACGUCUAGUAUUUAUUUGGGUUUCUUCUCAACACGUCCUCCUGACAUCCCCGCCCCACCUGACAUCACAGGGCUUCCGAAAGGUCGAUCAGGCCAGCUGGAGCUUCGCCAACCCUGGAUUCUUCAAGGGGGGAGCGGAGAACCUAAAGUUCAUCGAGCGCAAAGGACUGGAGGGCGGUCGGGGAGGCAGGGGUGGUCGAGGGAAUACGCGAGGGUACGCGGGUGCGGGUGCAUACGGACGCCUCGGCCGGAUGGCGGGCACCCGCGGGCUGGGGUUAAACGUCGGCGGCGGAGCCAUGGACGGGCACCUGCUCCAGGAUAACCCCCAGGAUACCUUCGAGGCGAUCGUAACCCAGCAGCUCCAGCUGUCCAGGAUCGAGAUGGCCAACCUCAUGCACCGGCUCACCUCGGUGGAGAAGGUCCAGGAGCAACUUCUCGGCAUCCUCAUCAACCAACAGACGACGAUGCUCAACGGCGCCUCCGCCCCCACCGCGGCCACCCCCAUCCCCGCCACCUCCUCCACCUCUACCUCGCUCCCGGCGUCGGUUUUCUCCGGGCACACGGGCGCCGCGGCGGCGAUGGCGGUGGGCAGCGGCACGCACGGGUCGAUUUUGCCCGCGCACCUGCAGCAGCACCUGCAGCAGCACCUGCAGCAGCGCCACAUGAAUCAGCAGCACGCGCAGCAACUGCACCUGAAUCAGCAGCAACUGCAGCAACUGCAGUCCCAGCAGCCGCAGCAGCUCGAUUUGGGCGGUAUCACCAUAAGGGAGGCGCCGUUGAUGCAGAGCCAAAACGCCUCCGCUCUCGCCCCCAAGCCAGAGCCGGCGCCGCCCCCGCCGGUCAAGCCCAACGACCCGGCUUUGCAAACCCUGGCGAGCAUCUCCGGUCUGUCGAAUCAGCUCGCGGGCGUCAGUCCCAUCCUGGGCCUGGGGCUGGACUCGGCGGGCACGGGACUCGACCCGGGGAGCGGGGCUGGCGGAGGAGCCGGGUUGGCCGGCGUCGGCGGCAGUUUGGCCAACGGCGCGGGGCUCAACCUAGGGGGACUGGGCGCGGGGCUCGCGGCGCAGCCCGGUCUUCUGCAUCCGCGCCAAUACCCGUGA